AUGGAAAGCCGUGAAGAAAGGACCCCAUUCUCCAGGGAAAUAGAGCUGGAGCCCAUCCCCUGCAGAUUUAAGGUCCCUAGCAUCCCUCAGUAUAAUGGGGACAACGACCCCUUCGACUACCUGGAUGCUUUCAAUGUCCAGAUGGACCUACAAACCUCCAGCUCAUUGGCCAAAUGCCGAGCUUUCCCUGGGACCCUGAGAGAUAUCCCCCGGGCGUGUCUAAGGAGACUUCACCCUCGCAGCAUUUGUAGUUGGGAGGAAUAUUACAUAGAAAGGUUCAGGCAUGAAGUGAAUAAUGUCAAGAGCCCCUUCGACGAAAGUAUCUUGACUACGAUCUCCGCCGGGCUUCGAAAGGAUGGGAAACUCUACGAAAGUAUUUAUAAGUCCCCGAUGAGGGACCUCGACGAAUUCUAUGAGCGAGCUACGAAGGAGGUCUGGUGGGAAGAGGCAUUCGGCCUGAAAAAGCCGAGUGACCAGAAGAAGGGGUUGGAACACACCAGCCAGAGCAAGAAGAGAGUUGAGGAGGACUCUCGCAAGGAAGGUCGAGGACGAAGCCCCAACGACCAGACGGCCAAAAAGGAGAGGUUCGGGCAGGGAGGUGAACGACCAACACGCCAGGGUUGGUAUGAAAACUACAGUGUCUUAUUUGAUUCCCAAGACAGGAUCUUCGCCACAGAACACAACAAGGAGGAUUUCGGAAGGCCUAACUGCCUAAAGACUCCUGACAAGUACAAAACCAAGAGCAAAUUCUGUGCCUAUCACAACAAAGUGAGGCACGCCACCUUUGAGUGCUGGGCGCUAAGAGAUGCAAUCGAAGAGCUGAUCAGGAGGUCGGUUGCAUGA